AUGGCGUUGGCUAUGCAUUCAACAUUAACUGUAUCAUGUGACAGUUCAAACGAACAGCGCGGUCCAACACUUGUCCAUAGUACCGGUGUUGAAAGUUAUAGGAUACAACCAGAAAUUAUUCGUAUUUUACAACAGUCGUGCACAAACGAAAAAUUGAGUGAUGAUGAAAAGGGUGUUCAAUGUACAGAUCCACCUGCACAUAUUCUACAAGUGUUCAAAAAUGCCGGUUUUACUGUUACUGCUGAAACAACAUCGGGUGGUAGAAAAUUGUGGAUACUGACAAAAACGAGUGAAGGUGGUACAGCAAACGAUGAUGAGGGCGCAGAUGAUCAAGAAGAAGAGGAAGAAGAAGAAGAAGAAUAA